AUGGCCAACAAAGACCUGCUAGACUUUGCACAGACGGCCAUAAGCCAGGUUGCAAAAAUUGCCAUCAAUUUAGGAAUCUCUCUUGUGAACCCGACGUGCGCUUCUCUUGGAACGGAACUGUGGCUGGUGGUUGACCAUCUCGGCUCUAUUGAUCCAAACGACUACGAUGAACUGAAGUUGCACAUCUUCAAACUGGUCAAGCAUGUUGAGAGGAUAUGUAGCUGGCCAAAGCGGCUCUCAACAGACCCAGCGUACGGAUAUCCAAUGUUGGAGGCCGUCGCAGAGAAGCAAGAAGGCUCGCGAGAAUAUACAACAGUCAAGAGGAAAAUCGAACAAGCAAUUGGAAACCUCGUAUCGAAUGAUAGGAAUGGUACCGAGUCUAUAUGCCGCCUAAGAAGAAUCGUACUGCGAGCAAACGAAAUGGGGCGUGAGGUCGAUGAAGAGGUGUUAACGAAGCCUCGAAAGGAUAGACCGGUGGAUCCUCAUCCUCGUGAAAUCCACGCAAAGGCUUUUCAUGUUCUACGAAGUCAUAUGUGUUGCACAUGUGAUGGUUCAACCCAGGGGGGCUUUAGUCACUUGGCGAGAUUGAUGUUGCAGCCAGUGCUGCAAAACACAAACGACUACGGGCAAGUUCAGUUUGACAUGCUCUUUUCACGCAGUACUAAAUGGGGAGAGCAAUUCAACCGCUGGCAAGAUGUAGAGCUGCUCGUUUCACAGCCCCCAAAGAGGCAAAAGAGUUCAAGCAGACCAGCUAAAAGCACACGAUUCUCCAAGAGCGAUGAAGAUCCCCGACGACUUCCACGCGCAGAAGAUGCUAUUGAGGUUGUUGGCCAAGGGGACUUUUGUAGCCUCAUAAAGUCGGAUACCAGCUCCCGCGUCCGUUUGGCAGUCCAAGACGAAAAGCUUCAGAGAUAUAGACCAUCUUUACUAAAGCAAAUGGUUCAGCACCUUCCAGGCAUCUCGCUCGCCAAUAUUCUCGAGAACUAUCAUCUUUCAGCCAAGAUGAAAACUGCGCUCGCAUAUAUACUUGCCCACUCCGUCUGGCAGUACUACGACACCGAUUGGAUGACAACUACAUGGACGAGUGAGACUAUCCAAUUCAUCUGGGAGAGUAAAGAUAGCUUUUCUGGUCAUCAAGGUCUCUUAUUCCCAUCCAAGCCUUAUCUCUGUGUUCAAUUCGACAACGAGGAUUCCAGUUUCAACGAGUAUAGCACCGUGAAGGAUGAGAUACAUUAUUACCCAAGGAUCCGCACGUUGGGAAUUAUGCUGGUCGAAAUUGGCAUUGGGUCGCCACUUCCUAAGCAAGAUCGCGAGCAUCAAGUACAGUCAUUAGCGGCUACCACCAAUCAAUAUUUGACGCAGGCUAUUCGGUGCCUGAAUGACGGGAAACUCUGGGAGAACUUUGAGUUCUCUGACUACCAUGAUGCUGUCAAAGACUGCUUGGAUCCCAAAAUGUUUACUCUUUAUGGAGAAGCAGAAGAAACUCAGCAAGGUCUAAGACAGCGGAGGGAUGUGUUGUAUAAAAAGGUUGUCUCUCGACUGAAAGACCUCCUGGAAGGGACGAAGUGGAUGGAACAACUAAUCAACAAUAGAAUUGACCCUCUGAAUACUUCCUUCCAAAAAUCGACUGUUCAGCAGGUUAAACAACAUUCUUCUAAUGACGGCCUUUGGGGGCAAAAAGAUAACAAUAAAGCCAAGAAAACCCGCGCAAAAGAUGAUAAGGAUGAGAAAGAGGCCAUGAAGUGGCUCUCGCGCAUGCAAAAGCUGAGUGGGAUCCUGUCAGCUGCCCCAGGACAUUCCACCAGACGUGUUCGGAUUGCUAUUCUGGACACCGGUUGCGACAAUGACUCCCCAUUCUUUCAUCUUCCAUCCAAUAUUUCUCGUCUCAAAGGAUGGAAAGACUAUGUUGAUGGGUCUGAGGAGUGGGUGGAUAAACACGGGCAUGGAACCCAUCUGGUCUCUCUUAUCAUGGACAUUGCGAUAGAUGCCGAUGUAUAUAUAGCACGUAUCGCAGCAGAUGCCACUGAACUCUCGACUGCAAGCGAAAAUGUUACAAAGGCCAUCGCCUGGGCGAGUAAGGAGUGGAAAGCCGACAUAAUCACAAUGUCAUUCGGAUACACUGAGGAGAAGCAGUGUAUCAGCCAUGCUAUACUCGAUGCGUUAAAUGACGAUCACGGAUCCAAACUCUUCUUCGCAGCUGCUUCAAACUCUGGAUCAAACCAAGUGGAGAUGUUUCCUGCUCGCCAUGACUCAGUGAUAUCUAUCCGCGCCACCAAUGCGGAUGGUCAAUAUGAAAGCUUUAACCCACCUCGGAGCGAGAACGACACCGUUACAUUUGGAACCCUGGGCUUGAAGGUUCCGGGCGCAUGGUUGAGCGACCAUAUCGGCAAAAAGUGUCAGACGGGCACCUCUGUUGCGACCGCAAUAGCGGCAGCCACAGCAGCCCUUUUAAUAGGAUACAUCAACAGAAUAGAAGUCGGUGCUUCUUCGAAAUUCAUAUUGCAGAACGUGAAGAGGAAGAUACGUACAUAUCGGGGAAUGCUAGCCUUGUUCAAAGCUCUCUCUACUGAGACCCUGUAUCAGCACUCUUUGUAUCUGACACCAUGGCAACUACUGGACAAAUCAGACGAUGAACGAUGGAUAAAGAUUGCGGCGGCAGUAGCAGAUGUUUAGGACAUUAUGAGUAACUAAAGAAACUAGACCCAAAAAAAAAAAAGAUAACAUCAGUCAUUCCAUGCUGUGCGUAUGACUAUCAAGCCGGUCUGUAUGGCCAUCCGCCAGUUGUCCUUACACGUCAACCGCUGAUAUGCAUGCUAUCCUGUGCUCGCCUUCUAUAAGUUCCACCUGCUCAAUCUCAACCCCCCCGAGGCUUGAAGGUGAUAGAUUGUUUACUCCCGCUGCACACACUGUAACUUGUCCUUUAAUUUCGUCGUCUGCAUCCUCUCCAUCGGAUUCAGAACAAGAUUCCGAAUCGUCUUUGCUGAGAUACGCCGCAUUGUGUCGAAACUCAUCAUAUUCGACUCUUGUCCCCCUCCAACCCUUGACCUCGAUCUUAAGAAGUUGAUAUGCAAAUACAAUAUCAUCUACCGUCUUCCAUGUAUCGCCCUGUUCGGUGGUAGAGGAGCUGGUGGUGCCUGUCCCGAGCCCUACGUCACCUGCAGGCGUGAGGAUACCUCCAAUGGCGCUCACCUCGCCGGCCUUAGUCCUUGCCGUUUGCUGAACAGCGGCAAAGCCCUUGGCGACCAUCAAACCAGUGACCAUGUAAACCGAAUGCCGGAAGCCAGGUAUAUUACUGGCCUUGAUAACUGCUUGAACGCGCGGCGCUCUGAGGCGUGCCUCGAUUACUUCCAGACUGGGGUCGGUGACAAAAUAAGUCGUUUCAAGAGCCCUCAUUGUAUAGGUUGUUUGCAUGUUGACACUCCGCCCACCAGAUACUUUCGCGGAGAUGGUCUGUAGGAAUUGAGACCAUAUAGCCAUCGAAAAUUCACAGCUAGCACCCCGAACUGUACUACGAUCCUGAUCGGCAAUGGUUUCGACUCGAGGAUAAUCUGUCUCCAACGUCUCCUCCCCGACGGUAGUCAGCGCGCGAUGCGGCCGCAGCGGGUCUGCAAUGAUAUUGCCCAAGGCUAUUGGACCUGUACCAGGCUUGAAACGAAAGCUGGGUGCAAGGAAAUAAGUAGGCUGCUGGGCCAUGCCGUGAAUCGAAGUCGUCACGACACGACGAACUUGUUUAUAUAAAAUUUCGGGCUUGCCCUCGCGAUGAGCAAAGGUCGAAAUGUGUUAUUAAUGUACC